CCCCGCGCUCCCUCCUCGCGCAGCGGCGACUGGGCGGCCCCUGGAGUAGCCGCCGCCCUUGUUCCGAGCACCGCCCCUCACGCCGCCGGCCGCCGUAGGUCCCUGGCCCCCUCGGCUCGCGCGGCGCGGAUGCGGCUGCCGGGCCUGGGCCUGGGCCUGGGCUUCGAGCGGGAGGAGGCGGAGGAGCGGCGGCGCCGGGCGGCAUGCGAUGGGGAACUGCUGCUGGACGCAGUGCUUCGGGCGCCUCCGCAGGGAAGCGGGGCGGCUGCGGCGCGGCGGAGGAUCCAAGUACUUUAGGACAUGCUCAAGAGGUGAACAUUUAACUAUAGAGUUUGAGAAUCUAGUAGAAAGUGAUGAAGGGGAAAGCCCAGGGAGCAGCCACAGGCCUCUUACUGAGGAAGAAAUUGUUGACCUGAGAGAGAGGCAUUAUGAUUCUAUUGCCGAAAAGCAGAAAGAUCUUGAUAUGAAAAUUCAAAGAGAGUUAGCCUUACGAGAAGAGAAGUUAAGACUAGAAGAAGAAGCUUUAUACGCUGCCCAGCGUGAAGCAGCCAGGGCGGCCAGGCGCCGAAAACUCUCGGAGCAGGAAAGGCACAGAGCUGUGCAGCAAAGCCAUCCCUCCAACGGCGGAGAGCACCAAAGGCAUGAACCGAAUGCUUCCGAUGCGAGAGCGCUCGAAAACGGAGGAAGACAUUCUCCGGGCCGCGCUGACGGGCGGUGGCGGCGGGAAGCCCGUGAGCACCGCCGCGUCCGCCUCCGACGACUCCAAUGGGCUGGAGUGGGAGAGCGACUUCGUGAGCGCCGAGGUGGACAGCAAUGGCAACUCCGAGUACGCGGGCUUCGUCAACCCGGUGCUGGAGCUGCCCGAGCCCGGCCUGCAGCAGAGACGCUGACACUGCGUGACCCGCCUGGUGGUUGUGACAGUGGCCAGAGCCACCUCGACUGGACGGAUUGUUGUGCCGAGCCUUUCUCUAAGAGGCAGGUAGGGACCUGUGUUGUAAACGCUCGUUAGAAAGGCAUCAGGAUGAGAGGCUGUACCGGAAUCGCUUCAGAAUUAAGUGCAAUUUCAUCAUCGGUCUUCUGUUUUUCAAAAGCAAUUCGGUGGUUCUGUCAUGUUAUCAACUCAGUUUAUUCUCUUUUCUUGGUAGCAUUCCUGUUUACCAUUACUAGGUUUUCAUUGUUAACCUGGUUUUACUACUUUUCCUUUGUUUUCGUAAGCUUCUUUCAGUAGCUAACUAGGAAACCAUGAAGGUGUUUUGUGUCAGUGCUCAGCAGAUGUGGAGGGGGGAGCAGGAGGGCAGCGGGGUUCCGACUCAGAAAGUGUCCCUUUGCUGAUUGCUGUGCUUAUUUCAAUGUGAUUAUGUAGCAGUAAGCACAAUUAAUGUGACUAGACCCUAGAGAAAUGCUGAAGCAUCGUUUUCUUUCUACACUUACUGUAUAUCCCAGUAUAAUCAUGUGGCUUCAGCCUGAAACGGGGGACAUCACAUGAUAAAGUGACUUUUCACGGCUUGGACCCUCACAGUUGGUAAUCAAAAUUAAUAUUGAGGAAAGGAAAUAUACUUGGGUUUUUCACUUCCUUUUAUAGGCCACUAUACAUGAAUAUUGGCUUAAGUUACUUCAUGUAUUAAAUUUCCAGGUGUCAUUUGUUUUUAAAUUUUAUAUUUCCAAUGACUGAUCUUAGAAGGUUUCACACAGAACAUAUCCUCUGUGCAUGAUUUAGUAAGAAAGGAAAACCUGAAAAGAUAAUACGGGUAUUUCAAAGUAAAUAAAAUCCUUUCUGGUAUGAAAGGGUCCAUUGAUUUUCUUAAGCUUUCCUUUCCUUUGCCUUGUAAUACAAGGCAGUAAUGGGACAGAACUAAGUGUAUCAACAUAUAAAACUACAUUUUGUGACAUACAAUGAGCUCUUCUUUUCUCUAAAGGUUAUGUAUCAAUUUAAAAGGCCAAGGAUACACGACACUUCCCUAACUGCUUGUCUUGAUUUUGCUGAGGAUUAUGAUUUUAGUGAGCAAACUCUUUUGAUUUUUCCAUAGUGCUUUUUCUUUUCUUUCUCUUGCAACAAUGACAGUGCAUGUUCUCAAAAAUACAGGAAGGUCCAGAUAUAAAUAGUAACUUAAAGUUCUUGCCGUACUUGAAAAUAAAAAGAAUCAUGUGGUCCUUUCAAUAUUUGACCUGCGAGGCAAUGACAGCUAUAGCUUCAUCUCUUUUUCUCAUAGAAAUAAAUACGACACUUUAAAUAUGUAAGAUAGUGGGUAACGCUCUAUUUAUAUCUGUCUUUCUACAAUUUAAGCAGCUCUGCCACUGGAAGCCCUGUAAAGGCGAUCUGUAUUCUCAUUGCCUGUGGAAUGCUUUUUAAAGUCUGUGUACAUCAGAUGUGUAUUUUUGGUUUGGCAUAAGCUACUACUAUAAAUUGUUUCAGCAUUUUGUUCAUCAGAGAAAUUUUUGAAGGAAUGGUAACUUCUCAAGGAUUGUGAAUAAACACAUUUUUACAUUUAAAAACUAAA